GUCGGCAGAGACAGUGCCGCUGUAGCCUUUGUUUAAUGCUUUUUAGUUUUCGCUCCGAAUCAGAAUAAUAUUAUUCAGGGAAGAUAUUUUGAUUUUCUUCGUUUCGUCUCCGGCGAUUGCACCGAAGGUGAAAUUUCUUUCUUUUAUGCCUUCUAGGUUAAUUAUUGCACCACAAGGAAGCAGAUCGUUCUGAAUUGCGUUAUAGGGAUUCCCGGAUUUCUGAGAUUUAUUCGUUCGUACUGUAGUUUCUCGUUGUAGAAUUUGUUUAGAGAUAAGGAGAAUGGGAUACAUAGGAGCGCAUGGAGUUGCAGCUCUUCAUCGUUACAAGUAUAGUGGGGUGGAUCACUCUUAUUUGGCAAAAUACGUGCUGCAGCCCUUUUGGACUCGCUGUGUGACCUUUUUCCCACUUUGGAUGCCACCCAACAUGAUCACACUCAUGGGAUUUAUGUUUCUGCUUUUGUCGGCAUUGCUUGGAUACAUAUAUUCACCUCAAUUGGAUUCACCUCCACCGAGAUGGGUUCAUUUUGCCCAUGGGCUACUACUCUUCUUAUAUCAAACGUUUGAUGCUGUUGAUGGAAAACAAGCCAGAAGAACCAGUUCCUCUAGUCCAUUGGGAGAACUAUUUGACCAUGGAUGUGAUGCUCUGGCUUGUGCAUUUGAGGCCUUGGCCUUUGGAAGCACUGCAAUGUGUGGGCGGGAUACUUUCUGGUUCUGGGUCAUAUCAGCCGUACCUUUCUACUGUGCAACAUGGGAACACUUUUUUACUAAUACUCUCAUUCUUCCGGUCAUCAAUGGACCUACAGAAGGCCUUAUGCUGAUAUAUGUAGCUCAUUGCUUUACAGCUAUUGUUGGCGCUGAGUGGUGGGCUCAACCAUUUGGAAAGUCCAUCCCAUUAUUGAGUUGGUUGCCAUUUAUAAAUGAAGUUGCAAUGUAUAAAGCUGUUUUGUUCCUAAUGAUAGCCUUUGGUGUCAUACCAACAGUUUCAUUCAAUGUGUCCAAUGUUCAUAAGGUUGUUCAAGCAAGAAAAGGAAACAUGCUGCUAGCAUUGGCUAUGCUUUACCCUUUUGUUGUGCUAUUGGCUGGAGUUCUUGCAUGGGAUUACUUAUCUCCGAUUGAUCUUAUUGGCAAACACCCGCAUCUGGUUGUAGUUGGUACAGGACUUGCAUUUGGGUUUCUUGUGGGAAGAAUGAUUCUCGCUCACUUAUGUGAUGAACCUAAGGGCUUGAAAACAAACAUGUGCAUGUCUUUGUUCUACCUGCCUUUUGCCAUUGCAAAUGCUCUCACUGCCCGGCUAAAUGAUGGAGUCCCUCUAGUUGACGAGUUCAUGGUUCUUCUUGGUUAUUGUGCAUACACUGUUGUACUCUAUCUUCAUUUUGCGACUUCAGUCAUUCAUGAAAUAACUUCAGCGUUGGGGAUCUACUGCUUCAGGAUAACAAGGAAAGAAGCUUGAGCUGCAUUCAUUACACAAUACCUUGGUUGGGCAAUGGGUGUCUUGAUGGCACCUUUGAAUGAACAGGUUGCGCGGUAUCGACGACAAUUUUGUUGGCUAAGCACUUGUUAAAAUUGUUUAUAUGCAUUCGAGAGUAACUAGGCCUAUUAAUUAUUGUUGGUUGGUUGUGGUUAUUUUAUGUAUACCCUUAGACAACAACUACUGUCGUUUCUUGUUUUGAAUAUGGUUUUAAGACACAAUAGGGGAUAACUUUGAUGAGUUGAUCUAUUUACAGUGUCUGGUGUCAUGUUAAAUGUGAUUUAUAUUUAUGUAUGUAUGUAUGUAUGUAUUUACAGUGAA